ACGUACUUGUCCAUGUCCCCUUGCCAAUGAGUUUCUGCACAAACAGAAUUUCCACAUUUCUUCCUUUGUCAAGCUCACUGGGGAACCCAUGUCGGCCUCUGCAGCUAUAUAAACAGUUUGUUAUCAUUCAAACUAUCAUGUGAAGAGAGAAAGGAAAUCGUUUGCAGUGUGAAUUGCAGCACUAGUUUGCAUUUUUGGUCCAAUUUUCACACUCAUGGCUCAGGGUCUGAUUUUUGCAAGGUUUGGAGGACAAGAAAAUUUCAAAGCAAGUUUGAUUGAGGCAAGGAAGGCAAGUUUUGCUGCUAACAACAGUGUCAAUGGAUAUGUUUGGCGAGAUAUUGGAUAUAACACAAAUUGCCUGGCCUUUUCUGGUUCUCUGGAUCCCCGUGCCUUUCAUCAAACAGACACCAAAUUUGAUGAGUGCAAAAUCAACGAGGGCAAUUCUUAUUUUACGUCCAUGGUAGAUGGGACUACAAGAAAGGAUCUCCGCGAACCAGCCCUUGUCUACAGAAAGGCUCUCAUGAAAUUUAUAGAGAUUUGGGACGCCAAUCUCCAACAACAGGUUGCAGAUGCACUUGGUACCGGAAAAAAUGUUCUGUUUACAGGCCAUUCCAUUGGGGGUGCAAUUGCUACUUUGGCCACACUAUCAAUUUUGGAGAAACGGGGUAAGGAAGCCCCUGUUUUUGCUACCACAUUUGGUUUUCCUCUGAUUGGAGAUGAAGUUCUUGCCAGAGCGGUUCGUAGGCAGGGGUGGGCCGAUCGUUUCUUCAAUGUUGUUUCAAGGUGUGAUAUUUUUGCCAGAACUCUGUUGGCUCCUUGCAUAUCUGUAUCUAAACCUUUGGAAGCUCUGCUGCCUUACUGGCAGAGGUCUGCCAAGCAGAUGAAUGAUGAUGGUACUGACGAAAUCAUGGAUAAAGCCUCUCUUGUAGACUUGGACUUUCCCAUGUAUUUACGCACAGUCCUGCAUCAUGGUUGUCCAGUGGUUAAUUUCACCACUGUUGCGAAUAUGGAACCCACAAACAAGUUGAUAGCAAGCCUGAAGCCUGCUGUAAAGUUGAGCCCAUACAGACCAUUUGGGUAUUAUUUGUUUUGCUCAGACAAGGGAGCUCUUUGUGUUGAAAACUAUGAGGCUGUGUUGCCCAUCCUAUUUUAUUCAUUGUUUACUGCUCAAGAUCAGGCUAAUGUCUCAGACCAUACUGGGUAUGGUAGAGUCUUCCAUGCUGACACAAGCAUUGUUAACUUGGAAGGGCUUUCGAAGCUUCCCUUAUCACAAGGUGCAUUGUCUUCUGCCAUGGAAGACCAACUAGAUGCUCUUGGACUUGGAACUCAAGCGAGACUUUCCCUGAGAGCUGCAGGGGAGGUGGAAGAAAAGCUCAUGGAGAAUCUCAACAAACUAAAGGCAGAACUGUUGAAGUUGGAAAAAGGAGGACAUAUGGCAACACUCAGAGAUUACAGAAACAGAUGUGCGAGGAUGAAUAUUGGAUACUAUGAUGCUUUCAAGGAAGUGGCUUUCAAGGAAGAAAAAGAGAAGCCAGAUUUUUAUGCUAACCUUAGCAGGCUUAACCUUGUUGCCUUUUAUGACAGGUUAGAAGAAAUGGUGGAGACUCAUCAGGUGCCUGAUGACUUUCAAUUCAUUGAAGAAUUGAUAGAAAUGGCAACAGAAUACAGGCUUCUAGUGGAGCCUUUUGACAUUGCUAAUUAUUACAGGCUGGGCAAACAUGAAGACUCUGGACAUUAUAUGAAAAAUGCAAGGCCUCGUCGUUUUAAAGCUAUUGAGAAGUGGUUGGCAGACAUAAAACCUGAAGACAAGAAGCAGGCUCUCCUUCAGAAUCAAGGACAAAUAACGAAGGACUCCUGCUUUUGGGCUCGUGUGGAAGAAAUUUCAUGGUUAAUGAGUACUCCAAAGGAAAAUCCAGAUGUUAACAAACUCCAGAAUAAGGAAAAUCCAGAUGUUAACAAACUCCAGAAUAAGGACAAUCCAGAUGUUAACAAAUUCCAGAAUUAUGUGAAGCAACUGAUGGAGAGGAAUGAGUUGCGUGUGGAUGAGGUUGUGAUGGGAGAAUCCAGUUUUGUGAAAUGGUGGAAGAAGCUCAGCCCACAAGACCAACAAGCUUCCCCAAUCUCCUCUAUCUUUGGAGGCAGAAAUUAGUGCCACCAUUAUCGGAUCUUGAUAAUAGAAAAUAGCUGAUACUCUGGCUCAAAUGGAGCAAACGGGUGCUUCACUUUAAUGUUCUUAUACUUUGCGCUUCCAUGGUGUGUUUCUUUCAGUGUUAAUUACUUUGUAGUCUCAUAUUUAUCAUGUAUUUAGCUGUCAUGUUCCGUCUGGCAGAUUUGUUCAUUUGUCUGCAUGGUGAGCUGGUAUAUACAGUCAUUGUGAUCAUUUUUCUUUCUCUCUACAGCAGCACUCUUUAAUACUAUUUAUUUUUAUUGUAUUCUCUUUUGUUUUGAUCAAUAUAAAAAAAAUUGUUUUGGU